AUGGCUGACAAUGCUGCUAAUUUCUCUUCUACUGAGAUUUCUUUAUUUUUCUAUGACCAUGGAAUCUCUCUUGCUCACUCUUCUGAUUAUUACCCUCAGGGAAAUGGUCAGGCUAAAUCUAGUAAUAAAAACCUCAUAAAUAUCAUGAAAAAAUUAGUGAGUGAAAACUUCAAGGAUUGGCAUAAAAAGCUAUAUGAAGCCCUUUGGGCUGAUCGUACAUCGCCAAAGCAGGAUAUCAUGAUGUCCCCAUUUGAACUGGUCUAUGGUGUAGGUGCUCAGGUAGCACUUCCUUUGGAACUGGCAGUUACUAGGUUACAAACUAUCAUUGAAGACGCUUACUUUCAGAAUUCUCUAGAAAAACGGAUUAUGCAUUUGAUCCGAAUUGAUGAAAAAAGGGAUAAGUCAGUGGACCAGAUAAUAGAGCAUCAAAUGAGGGUGAAGAAGAUAUUUGACAAGUGGACAAGGACAUGA